UAUAGUAAACUUAUCUGCAAGUAGGGGUGUACCUUUGUGGCAUCGAUCCACUGGAUUGGGCAAAAGUUUCAUUAUUCCUAAGCUGAGGCUGAACUGGGGGAGGGCUAUAUAUGUCUGCUACUACUAUAUGUGCACACACAUAAUUUGACAUGUAGUAACAAAAGCUGGCUAUCAUGGCGGCAAGUGCUCUCCCCAUCCUCUGCACUGCGAUUGCUCCCAAAUCCUUUGUCUCAUCUUUGCCUCGCCCCACUCCGAUAAACCUCCUCAGAUCAAAAAUAGUGUGCAGCUCCGUCCGUUCCGUGAAGGCAACACCCACGGAAGUGGAGGAGGAAGCAGCUGCAGGAGGCGGCGGCGGCACAAAGCUGUCUGCCUGGACAAGCGUCCCGCAACAACGGUGGGAAGGCGACAUGGUUGUCGACGGACAGCUCCCACUCUGGCUGAACGGCACGUACCUGAGGAAUGGGGCAGGACUGUGGGAGGCCGACGACCUCGCCUUCGACCACCUGUUCGAUGGCUACGCGACACUCAUCCGUGUCUCCUUCCAGCAAGGCCGUGCCACUGGCGCGCACCGGCAAAUUGAGUCUGACGCAUACAUGGCGGCGAACAAGGACGACCCAAUAGUGAUGCAGGAGUUCUCCCAGUGCCCCAAGCCCGCUAAUCUGCUGGACCGGGUGCGCAAUGUCGUGGGGCUCCUCAGCGGUGCGUCUGUCACGGACAACCCCAACGUCAACGUGGUACCUCUCGGUGAUGGCCGGGUCAUGUGCCUCACGGAGACCACCAAGAGCUCCACACUGAUAGACCCCGACACGCUCGACACGGUCGGCAAGUUCAAGUACACCGAUAAACUAGGCGCCAUGAUACAGUCGGCACACCUGAUCUGUACUGACUCCGAGUUCUUGACGCUGCUCCCUGACCUUCUCCGGCCGGGCUACCUUGUCGUGAGGAUGGAGACUGGGACAAACGAGAUGAAGGUCAUAGGAAGGGUGGACUGUCGGGGCGGGCCGAAGCCGGGGUGGAUGCACUCCUUCGCCAUCACCGAGAACCAUGUCGUGGUGCCCGAGAUGCCAAUCUGGUACUCCUUGACAAGGCUGCUCAGGUCCGAGCUCGGCCAAUUCUACACCUUCGAUUGUCUUCCAACGUCGCGGAGCUAUAUGCACGUCAUGUGCAAGUCCACGGGCAAGACAGUGGCGAGUGUUAUGGUGCCACCUUUCAUGGCAAUCCACUUUAUCAAUGCAUACGAGGAGGUAGACAAGCACGGCGAAGCUGCUGAGAUCAUCGCCGAUUGCUGCGAGCAAUACGGUGAUCCUGCAAUCAUCAAGACACUUGUCCUCAGGCAACUGAGGUCGUUUAGGGGCAUGGAUUUGUUGCCUAAUUCCAGAGUUGGCCGGUUCAGGAUACCGCUUGACGGCAGCACGUUUGGCGAGCUCCAGUCGGCGCUGGACCCAGAGGAGCAUGGCCGAGGGAUAGAGAUGUGCAACAUCAACAGGGCGUGCAUCGGGAAGAAGUACCGCUAUGCUUACGGUUGCGGCGCACGCCGGCCAUGCAACUACUUCAACACGCUCACAAAGAUGGACAUGGUGUUGCAGAAGGCCAUGAGCUGGUAUGAGGAGGGUGCCGUGCCAUCCGAGCCCUUCUUCGUGGCGAGGCCCGGAGCAUCCAACGAAGACGACGGUGUGGUCAUGUCAAUCGUGAGUGCCGAGGAUGGUGGAGGUUAUAUGGUUGUGCUGGAUGCAACCACGUUCAAGGAGAUUGCGCGCGUCAAAUUCCCAUAUGGGCUGCCCUAUGGUUUCCACGGUUGCUGGAUCCCAGCCAAGAACUCAUAAUCAAGACCAUCUGAAAAUAAGCAAGAGUAGGGGCAAAGCAACAGAGCAAAAAUGCAAAAUCACCAUGCCGAUGGGAUGCCGUUCUACUAAUUAAUAUAGCAGAAUCUAUGUAUGAAAUAUACUUUGCAUGCUUUUGUAUGAAAGUGGGAGUUCGUA